AUGAUAUUCUCAUUUUCCCGGUUGGAUCUAUAUCCUGGUCACAUCAAACUAAUUCUUUUAAUUGGAAUUUACUCGUUUCUUGGUCUCUCAAAUUUUUGUGUUGAUGCGUCAGAAUAUGAUUUUACUGCUGUAACAUUUGACAGAAGACCUUUAGAGAUCGACAGGACGGAUGUACCAAAACAAAUUAUAAUUGGAAGUUCUUUAGGAGGAUCUAGUCAUGUCAGGCCAAUGUUAGAAAUUGGCAAAAUAUUAACAGAACGUGGUUACAAUGUAAGUGGUCAGGUAACAUUGGUGGCACCCGGAAAUAUUUUACCAUCCAAAGAGUAUCCUUCGAUCAGUCAAAUAUCCACAGGUCCCACCAUCGACUACAUAGAGGAACCAAUCUAUCAACAAAUAUUUAACCUUCGGAAACUUUUCGUACAAAAUUACAUAUCACAUUUCAAUGUUUAUAAACACGUCAUAGAAACCUUGAAUCCGGACGUAUUCAUUUGCGACGUACUGAUGAACGAUGUUUGUUUGGAUGUCGCUUGGAUAAAUAAUAGACCAGUCGUUGGAUUUGGAGAGGGAUUAUUGGCAUCUACAUUUACCUCCUAUAGGUCAGAGGUUUUGUAUAAAUGUCAUGUAAAUAUGGAAAACGAAUCAUUCUUGAACAGGUUCAGAUGUGCCAUAAUUGAACCUGUGCGAUUCGCAUUUGGGAUGUGGUCAAUAAAUGAAGAUUUGAAUAACAUUCGGGCUCAGACUGGCGUGGAUACUGUCAUCAAUACUUAUGAGAUAAUCAAGAGUUCUUUGUUUUUGGCCAAUACUUUUUUCGGAUUUGAGGUGCCACAUCCAAUGUCUCCACUUGUUCAGGAAAUAGGGCCGGUGAUGCAAGAUGAAUACCCAAUUCUUACGCCAAAUCUCUUAUCCUUUGUUUCCACUCACAAAAAAAUUCUAUACGUCUCCUUUAGUGAGGAAUUGUAUACUUCCCUGGAAAAUAAUGUUAUUCUCUUACAGACAUGCGCGGAGGCCAUUCAACAAAAAAUUAUUGAUGGAGUGAUUUGGUCCUUCAUCAACCCAUCAUUUGAUGAGAUUCUCCUCAAAACCAUUACUCUUUCCGAUGGGACAUCACUUUCUACCACCGAAAUUUUAUCCAACCAACACCCAGACAUUCUGGUCUCCAGAUUCACCUCACAAUUUUCAGUACUGAACCACACAAAUGUUAAGGUAUUUUUGAGUUCUGGUGGAUACAUGAGUUCGUAUGAAGCCUUGUAUACUGGAACACCAAUGUUGGUUAUGCCAAUCGAAUUUAGAGAUUUAAAUAAUGCCGAGAAGUUGGAAAGAUUGGGUGUGGGAUUGACAAUUAAUAGAUUAAAUUUAGAUGCGAAAGAUAUCUUGAGUAAGAUUAAGUUAUUGCUCGCGGAUCAAAGUAUACAGAAUAAUCUGAAGAAGACAAAGGUGUUAACAAGAGUUAAUAGCAAAAGAAAAUAUAGAGCAGCAGAUUUGAUUGAAUUUGUAAUGCAUGCACUGACAUUAAAUCCUAAUGAUAGCUUGGAUGUUGAUGGGGGCGAGAUUGGAGGUGGGAGAAAUUACGAUGGGUUAUUAAAAGAGUGGACAGCUCCAGAGAUGAGGAUGGGUUUUUUUAGAGGAAAAUAUUUUGAUAUUUAUAUAAGUUUCUUGGGUGGGAUAACGAUUGUGACAUUUGUAAUUAUGAGAUUUUUUUUGAAAUGUUGCUGUUAA